AUGACGGAUGAAAAGCAUGAUAACGCCCCCGACGCCGGGUCGGGUGGUAGUCCGCUCAGUCAACCGGCUCACACGCUUACUUAUCAAGCUGUGGUGAAGGAACUCAAUACUGGGUUGGAUGAGGGUCUAGCACCUGAUGAAGCAAGUCGUCGUUUGCAGCAAUAUGGACCGAACAAACUGGAUGAGGGUGAAGGCGUGUCGGUUAUCAAUAUCCUGGUGCGACAGGUAGCCAACGCAAUGAUGCUAGUGUUGAUUCUAGCCAUGGCUGUCAGUUUCGGAAUUCAAUCAUGGAUCGAGGGUGGAGUAAUCUGCGCCGUCAUUAUCUUGAACAUCAUCGUCGGAUUCUUCCAAGAAUACGCCGCGGAAAAAACAAUGGAAUCGCUACACUCGCUAUCAUCCCCGACGGGAACUGUUUCGAGAGGUGGACAGACAUUUUCAGUGCCCUCGUCAGAUAUCGUGCCUGGUGACAUGGUCGAGCUUAGAACUGGUGAUACUGUUCCAGCGGAUAUCCGCCUGGUUGAAGCAGUCAAUUUCGAAACCGACGAGGCUCUCCUGACUGGCGAGUCUCUUCCCGUCCAGAAGGAUUGCGACUCGACAUUCAAAGAGGAUACUGGCCCCGGAGAUCGUCUUAAUAUUGCCUACAGCUCUAGUACCGUCACUCGCGGUCGUGGUCGUGGUGUGGUUGUCAGCACAGGCAUGUACACUGAAAUCGGAUCUAUUGCCCUCGCAUUGCGCGGCAGCGGUAGCAAGCGUCGUCCCGUUAAGCGUGGCCCCAAUGGUGAGACCAAGAAGCGUUGGUACGUCCAGGCCUGGAGUCUUACAUCGGCGGAUGCCGUGGGUCGAUUCCUCGGUGUCAAUGUCGGAACACCUUUGCAGAGGAAGCUUUCAAAGCUUGCUUGUUUGUUAUUUGGAAUUGCCGUUGUCUUCGCCAUUGUCUGCAUGGGUGCGAAUUCUUUCAGCAGCAACACUGAAGUCAUUAUGUACGCCGUGGCAACGGGUAUCAGUAUGAUCCCAGCGUGUCUGGUGGUCGUGCUUACUAUCACCAUGGCAGUCGGUACUAAGCGUAUGGUCGAGCGAAACGUCAUUGUUCGCAAGCUAGACUCGCUGGAGGCGCUCGGUGCUGUCACUGAUAUUUGUUCCGAUAAGACUGGUACAUUGACGCAGGGAAAGAUGGUCGUCCAAAAGGCAUGGAUUCCGUCUCGAGGAACAUAUUCCGUUGGUCCAUCUAACGAACCUUUCAACCCUACCGUCGGAGACGUCACCUUCCUUCCUGUACCUCCUUCGCAAUUAGAACAUGCAGAGAAGGGCACCGCCGCGGAGAACAUUGAAGGCCUAGUCUCAGGAAACCGCCAGCUCGAAGACUUUCUGGACGUGGCCUCGAUGGCCAAUCUCUCUCACGUGUUCAAAUCCGAAGAAGGCGAAUGGAAUGCACGAGGUGAACCCACGGAAAUCGCUAUUCAUGUCUUUGCAUCGAGAUUUAACUGGAACCGCGACCGCUGGACUAAGGGUCAAGGUACGACUAAGGGUCAGGGUACAGUGUGGCACCAACAGGCUGAAUUCCCAUUCGAUUCGACUGUCAAGAAGAUGUCUGUGAUUUUCAGCAAAAUCACACCACAGGAGACCCGCACAAUGGUGUUCACCAAGGGUGCCGUCGAGCGGAUCAUAGAUUCAUGCUCAACUGUUAUCUGGGACCAGGAUUCGUCUACCCCCGUACCAAUGACCGACUCUCAUCGCGAACAGAUCCUCCAGAACAUGGAGGAACUCGCUAAACUAGGACUUCGCGUCUUGGCUCUCGCCCACCGACCCUACACGGCCCAGACACAGCUACUCGAAGAUGCAGACCUGAAUCGUGAAGAUAUUGAAAAGGAUCUGUGCUUCCUAGGACUGAUCGGCUUGUAUGAUCCCCCGCGUCCUGAGACUGCGGGCUCUAUCGAGGCUUGCUACCGCGCUGGUAUCGUCGUCCACAUGGUCACUGGUGAUCACCCUGGUACUGCUAAAGCAAUCGCUCAACAAGUCGGAAUCCUUCCUACCAAUUUCGAUGCAGUGGCGGCUGAUGUCGCCGACGCUAUGGUUAUGACUGCUAGUCAAUUCGAUAAGCUCACUGAUGAGCAGGUUGAUGCACUUCCUACUCUCCCUCUGGUUAUUGCACGCUGCGCGCCACAGACUAAGGUGCGUAUGAUUGACGCCCUCCAUCGCCGUGGUCGCUUCGCGGCUAUGACUGGCGACGGAGUGAAUGAUUCUCCUUCGCUUAAGCACGCCGAUGUUGGUAUCGCCAUGGGACAGGCAGGUUCGGAUGUCGCCAAAGACGCAUCCGAUAUUAUCCUUACUGAUGACAACUUCGCCUCGAUUCUCAAUGCCGUCGAAGAAGGCCGUCGUAUCUUUGACAAUAUCCAGAAAUUCGUGCUUCAUCUAUUGUCAGAGAACAUCGCCCAGGCCUGCACUCUACUUAUCGGAUUAGCUUUCAAAGACGCUGAUAAUCAAUCCGUGUUCCCUCUAUCACCCGUCGAAAUUCUCUGGAUUAUCAUGAUCACAUCAGGCAUGCCCGACAUGGGUCUCGGAAUGGAGGUCGCUGCACCCGAUAUCAUGAACCGUCCUCCACAGAGCAAACAAGGUAUCUUCACCUGGGAGGUCAUCAUCGACAUUCUGGUAUAUGGUAUCUGGACCGCAGCGCUCUGUUUAGCGGCAUUCUCCAUCCGCAUGUGGGGAUUCGGCGACGGAAACCUCGCCAGCGGAUGCAACAAGGCUUGGUCGGAGGAUAUCAAAGGCUGCGAGCUAGUCUUCAAGGCACGUGCCACGACGUUCGUGUGUCUGACUUGGUUUGCGCUGUUCCUAGCUUGGGAAAUGGUUAACCUACGUCGGUCGUUCUUCCGCAUGCAACCGAAAUCCAAGAAAUACUUCACGCAGUGGAUGUACGAUGUCUGGCGGAAUAAGUUCCUUUUCUGGUCUAUCAUGGCGGGAUGGAUCACCAUGUUCCCUAUCCUCUAUAUCCCUGUUUUGAAUGACGUUGUCUUCAAACAUAAGCCUAUCACCUGGGAAUGGGGUAUUGUGGCGGUCGAGGCUGUUCUGUUCUUUAUGGGUGUCGAAGCCUGGAAAUGGGGAAAGAGAGUCUUCUUCCGUCGCAGGGCUCACAAAAAUCCCGUGCUGAGUACGUUGAGAGGACAGGCUGAUGUCCCGGAGCGACCCUAA